AUGAGGGAAAUCAUUAAUCUACAAGUCGGUUCGUGCGGGAACCAAAUUGGGGGAAAGUUCUGGGAAGUGAUAUCGGACGAGCACGGCGUGGACCCCAGCGGCUGUUACCAUGGCGACUCGGACCUGCAGCUGGAGCGCAUCAACGUGUACUACAACGAGGCGACCGGCGGCAAGUACGUGCCGCGCACUGUGCUGGUGGACCUCAAGCCGUCCACCAUGGACGCGGUGCGGUCCGGCCCGUUCGGCUGCCUCUACCGCCCGGACAACUUCGUCUACGGCCAAGGCGGAGGCGCCAACAACUGGGCGAGAGGACAUUACACGGAAGGAGUAGAGAUCCUAGAGUCUGUACUGGACGUCGUUCGACGCGAGGCGGAAAGCUGCGACUGCAUGCAGGGCUUCCAGUUCAGUCACUCGUUAGGCGGCGGCACUGGCGCCGGACUGGGCACUUUGCUGGUCAAUCGAAUAAGGGAGGAGUACCCUGACCGCAUCAUCCUAUCCUUCUCUGUGUUGCCCAGUGCAAGGGUCUCGGACUGCGUCGUCGAACCCUACAACACUGUUCUGGCUUUGAACCAGCUUGUAGAAAAUACAGACCACACCUUCUGUUUGGACAACGAGGCGCUCUACGAUAUAUGCUUUAGAACGCUGAAGUUGACUACGCCUACGUAUGGUGAUUUAAAUCAUUUGGUGUGCGCAACCAUGUCUGGUAUAACGACGUGUCUUCGUUUCCCGGGACAGCUGAACGCGGAUUUGAGAAAGUUGGCGGUGAAUAUGGUCCCGUUCCCGCGCCUUCACUUCUACACUCCCGGGUUCGCGCCACUGACGUCUAGAGGAGCGCAACAGUACAGAGCGCUGACAGUUCCAGAGCUGACACUGCAGAUGUUUGACGCCAAGAAUAUGAUGACCGCUUGUGACCCUCGUCACGGGCGGUAUCUUACUGUAGCGACGAUAUUCCGCGGGCGGAUGUCUAUGAAGGAAGUGGACGAACAACUUUUGAAUAUACAAAACAAAAACAGCACAUACUUCGUGGAAUGGAUACCGAAUAAUGUGAAGAUUGCAGUUUGUGAUAUCCCUCCGCGUGGGUUAAAAAUGGCGUCCACUUUUAUUGGGAAUACGACAGCGAUACAGAUCGUUUUCAAGAGGAUAACGGAGCAAUUCGUGGCCAUGUUCAGGCGGAAAGCGUUUCUCCACUGGUACACUGGGGAGGGCAUGGAUGAGAUGGAGUUCACAGAAGCUGAGAGCAAUGUCAAUGACCUUAUCUCAGAGUACCAACAGUACCAGGACGCUACAGCGGAUGAUGAGGGGGAGUUUGAUGAGGAAGCCGAGGGUGAAGAAGAGGGUAUGGAGUAA